AUGCCUGCGAAUCUCCAUCUCCUCCGCGGGUUGACGAGCCUCGAGUUGAUGGAUCAGCCUCAUUAUGAAGAGCCACCUAGUCUGCUAGAUUUCCGCAAUGUGCUCACGCAAUGUCCUGCCCUACGCCAUCUGGGCCUCGAUGGAUGUGGCUUUGCCAGCGAUCUUGAUAUACGGUCCCUCCAUCCUGAUCCCUUGUACCUGCCAUUGUUGAAGUCCCUGAAGAUCUGCUUCGUAAAUUACUGGAUAGAAGAGGAUUCCUGCGUUCAGGUGUUAUUCGACGUAUUUGGUGCUCCAAACUUGGACUCGCUGCAGCUAGUAAGCUUGUCUCGGAAUACCUGCGAAGCAUUCAUACGAGUGUUGGAGAAGAAGCCUCUGGCCUGUGGAUCAGAGUCGCUGUGCCUGCUAUAUCUGCACUCCGGUGAAGAAGGCGCCAGGAUCAAUCUUGGAGCAUCCCUGUCUGCCAGGAUGCUUGCUCUGUUCCCAAACGUUCAACACCUCUGGAUAGACGCUGAUAAGGAGGAUGGUGAUGAUUUCAUAAUAGCACUCCAAUGGAAUAAAGAGCCGCUUUGCACGUCCUUGCAUACUCUUACACUCAACAUAGGUUCUGGGCAGUUCGAAGUCUUGGAUAACGGAGGGACGUACCUCCGUGAUUUCAUUGCAGGUCGGGAAACCAAUGGACUGCCCAUUACUACGCUCCGCCUUUAUCCUGCAUCCGAAGCGUAUCAAGCGACGGAACUGUUAUCCUGGUGCCAUGAGAAAGUCACCAUGGAGGUGUUGGGAGAUCGCGAAAUAGAGUUUGAUUGUUUCGAAAUGUCGGAGAAGAUGGUGCCCUCACUGAUGAACCUGCACUAA